CUUACUGUCGGUGGUGUUCACGAUUUUGCCUCGAGGUUGUGAAGCAAGAACCUACUCGACAUGGCUGCAAAGCUUUGUAUGUGGGUCACGCCCCUGAGUGCCUGGUCAACGGUGGCAGGCACUGCUCGUCGUAGAAGACGUCAGGAACAAACUUAGAUCUGUGCCACGCGAGCAUAUCACCACCGCAAUCACUGCAUAACCAAAGGCACCUUUCGAACCAAGUCAUGGAUCAACACCGAGGCUGGAGCUUGUGCUCAUAUGCCCUGAUAAGGGCGUCGGGUUUCUGCUGUCCGACAGGCUGGCUUUGCCUCAACCGCCGUUACACGUCGGCCUAAAGAAAGCCACAGACAUGUUAACUGCCUCUAUGACAUGUCUCGCGCCACGCGGAAUUGGGUGAGUUUGCUCAAAAUCUGGCUUAAGACGGAUCAAGGACUGGCCGGGCUUUAUGCCCUUCCUCUCGACCUUUUAGUCUACUUAUCUGGCAGCAGCGUCCUGCGGGAAGGGGUCUCUUCUGAACAAGGGAACAUCGGCCACAUCCUACUCUGGAUAGGUGGUGGCCACCUCGAACAGCGAUCAUGGCUCCCUUUUACCGAGUCAGCAUGGCCAACGCCGCCGCCGGUGAUGGUCGCCUGGGGUUCCGGUAUCUUCACAAGCUCGCCGAUGCCCUGUGCGGACGCUCCGAGGCCGGCGGCACCGCUGUGGACGAGCAGAGGGGCGCCGCCAGCACCCCCGUCACCUACCACCCCAUGACCAACGCCGGCGACGCGAAGGGCGCAAAGACCCACCAGACCAUCAACCUCACGCUGGGGAUCCUGGGCGCCGUCCUGACGGGCCUGUUCCUGGUCUGCUUCGCCGCCUACAGCGUCCGCCUGGCCGUGCGCGGCGAGCUCUGCGCCACCUACCGGCGCAAGUUCCGCUGCCUCGGCGCCCGCAUCAAGUCUGCGGGUCGCUGCGUCGGCGGCUGCUUCAGCAAGGCCUCGUGGAAGAGGCUGCCGGGGAACCUGAAGUGGUUCUUCUCAAGCCAGAACGGCUGCUGGACCUGCGCCUGCCUGCGAGCGCCGAAGAACGGCGACGACGCCAACAACAGCAACAAUAACAACAACAAUAACAACAGCGUCAGCGACGGCCAGACGAUCAGCUCCCCCGGUGGCGGCGGCGGCAGCAACAACAACACCGGCGACGGCAGCGGCAGCCCGUUCAAGAGCCACAUCGGGGCCGACAUCAGCCACCUCUUCGAGGACAGCGACUCGGCCUUUGCUGGCGCGCCGGAGCCGCCCAUCGAGAUGCACCCGGCGCUGCGCCGCGACAGCGCCGCCGCGCAGCAGCAGCAGCGCCAACAGCAUCAGCACCAGUCGCCGCACGCCGUUGCGGCGCCGCCGCCAGCGCGGGGUGGCGGACUGCCGGUCCUGUCGCUGGACCUGCCGGGCUCCUCGAUGAACCCCCCUGCCAAGACCCGGCCGAUGAGCAUGGAGUCCACGUACUAUUCUGGACUUCUCGAGCACGCUCGCCCCUGGCUCAUGUGGGCGAGCUCGCCGCCGCCCGAGCGCACGCUCGCGCCUGCCCCGGGCCCCGGCGGCGGCGUCACGCGCAGCAACAGGCUCAGCCGGCUGAUGGAAGGACGUCGGAACUAGAGAGCGUUGGAUGUGCUGGAGGGCUGAUUGUAGGGAGGAGAAGG